CGCCUUUCCACUUUCUUGUGAACUCAAAAAGCAAACAAUCUUGACUUCCUACACCACCAAAGCAAACCACAUGAAGUCCAUGCUUUUCCGAACCGGUUCCGGUCCCAUCCCGGUCCAAGCCCCGCCAGCCUCCGCUUCACCGCGCCUCUCCGUCUCUGUGUCCCUGCAUGCGGAGGCAAGCAUCCGCCGCUCCGCUUCAGAAUCGAACAUCAUCCGCUCGGAGAUGCGGACGCUGAGCAGGCACCGCUCGCGCUCCUUCAGUUCGUUGCGGAUACCCGAGAUGGAGAACGAACACUGCGGCAGCGACGCCGGCGGAGGAAUGAAUAAGAACCGCAAGUCCGGCGGCAGCGGCAGUGGCAGUGGUGGCGGGGCUGAGCGGAGCGACGUCGGAGCUUAUUACCGGGAAAUGAUUAAGUCCAAUCCGACCAACUCUCUGCUCUUGAGAAACUACGGCAGAUACUUGCAUGAGGUGGAGGGAAAUGUGGUGAAAGCGGAAGAAUAUUACGGGAGGGCGAUAUUGGCGAGCCCAGGAGAUGGAGAAGUGCUUUCGCUAUAUGGGAAAUUAAUAUGGGAGACUCAGAGAGAUGAAGGCAGAGCCAAAUCUUAUUUCACUCAAGCCAUUCAGGCUUCCCCUCACGACAGUGGAAGAAGGAGUCCAGAAAGAAAAGUGCACACUUUGUGAAAAGUCUCAAAAUGGCAAAAGGUGCACACUCUUAUGGGACGAACGAAGUAUAUAUUUAUUUUUUAUAAAGUGUAUAUUAAAAACAUAAAUUCUUAUGCACAUUCAUAUGCAUCGUACAUCUAGAUAUUAGGAAGGCGGUGUAUAUAUUCACAAGCUGUGAUUUAUUACCAAUUGAGCUCAAUUGGUGUGCGUACCUUGUAUCUAGAGAUGUCAAUCGGGCCAGUCCACCGGGUUUCGGGCCAGCCCUAUCGGGUUUCGGGUUAAUUGGGUGCAGGCUGAUCGGGCUGGGGAUUUUGUCGGGUUAUAAAUUUUCAACCCUAACCCUAAACGUUCGGGUUUCGGGCUAGCCCAUCGGGCUAGUCGGCUUAAAUGCGUAAAAUAAA